UCAAGAGAAGCCCAGGAGCGUGGCCAAUGGGAUGGCAGGGCUCGCUCGCGGCCUCCAGCGGAGCCAAUGGCCGUCGUUUGCCGGCUCCGUGGCGGCCCCCACCUCCGGCGACCGCGGGGCCUGCUUGCUGGCGGGAGGAGAGAUUCGGCGGCUGAGGGCAAGAUGGCGGCUGCCCUGGUGCUGGCCGCCGGGCUGCGCGUGGCGCGCGGGGCUGUAGCGCUGGUGGGGCCGCGGGGGGCGCAGGUCCGAGGAGCUGCAGGUGUGACCGAUGGAAAUGAAGUGUCCAAGGCCCAGCAGGCAGCUCCUCAGGGAGCAGCCCCAACUAUCUUCUCCCGGAUCCUGGAUCGAAGCCUCCCAGCUGACAUUUUGUAUGAGGACCAGCAGUGUCUCGUAUUCCGUGAUGUGGCCCCUCAGGCUCCUGUGCACUUCCUGGUCAUUCCUAAGAAGCCCAUUCCUCGGAUUAGCCAGGCUGAAGAAGAAGACCAGCAGCUUCUAGGACACCUUCUCCUUGUGGCUAAGAAGACAGCAAAGGCUGAGGGGCUGGGAGAUGGAUACCGACUUGCUCCAUUUCAGUGAUCAAUGAUGGGAAGCUGGGCUCACAGUCCGUGUAUCAUCUACACAUUCAUGUACUUGGGGGCCGACAGCUCCAGUGGCCUCCAGGUUGAACCUUCCAACUGACCAAGAACCCAAGACCUGGAUUCUUGGAGGAUGGGGGAAAAGGGACCCUAUGAUGCUAAUAAACUUGUUCUCCCUCAA